AUGGCGGACGUCUUGGAGAGUGGCAGGGCGGGUGCAGGCUCUGUAGUAGGAGCGGGCAGCGUGGAUUGGCAGAAGCGUUGCGUUGCCCUGGAGAUGCAGCUGCUCAGGUUCCGUCUGCAGGCGGGGAAGAUCCGAGAGCUGCUGGCCGAGAAGGUGAGAGAGAGAGGGGCAUCAUGGGGAAUGUAGUACUAUCUAAGGGAAAAGUCCCAGCAAACACACAACCUCCACACAACGUUGAUUCCAAGUUGUGGGCAUCAACGUCAUGUGCCAAUGCUACUUUGUACUGUCUAAGGCAGUGUUUCUUCAUCCUGGUCCUGGGGACCCAAGGAAACACACAUUUUGUUUUUUUUACCUGGCACUACACACCUGAUUCCACUAAUCAAGUCAUUAUCAAACCUGUGACUAGUGGAAUCAGGUGUGUAGUGCUAGGGCAAAAACAAAAAUGUGCACCUUCUUAGGUCCCCAAGACCAGGAUUAAGAAACCACAGGUGUAAGAGGAAAGUAAGAACUGUAGUGCAAAUCUAUUUUAGCAUCACAAAUCAUAAAGUAUGGGAUUAAGUUUUCCACCCACGGAGCAGCCUUGCCAAUGUUUGUUUUGACCUUACAUUGAUUUGAUGUGCAUGAAUGAACUGUAUUGCGUUAUUCACCGUUUUACAGCCAACAGACCCACACAGUGUUGGAACUGGUAAUGCUAUGGUGACAUUUCUCUGUGCUGAUCUAGUAGAACAGUAGGCUGGUUUAGGAACAUGAUUUUCAUUGGGCUAUUCCUCCUCCAGUUGUGACACUGACAUAAAAGACUACCUGUGAUUGGCCACCUAAAACCUCCCUCCUUCUAUCCCCUGUUCUACUUCUAGACUCUGUCAGUCAUGCUGCAUUGACCUCUGUGUUGCAACAAACGGUUAACUGUCUGGUCCUUGGCAGACAGCCCUGCACGAAAGCAGGGAAACUACUGACUCGUGUGAAUGAGUGCCUGAGUGAAAAUACAGGUGUGUCCCCGUGUGGAAAUAGGCUUUCUCUAGAUUUGUCCAGUCUCUCUACAGUACGUGUUCUGAGAAAGAUCCUCAUAAAAUAAUUCCAGGAACAGUAUAGCAACAUUUACGAGGGAUCAUUCCUUAGAAUGUUGAAUUGUAAUUAUUAUUAUUAUUAUUAUUGAAUUGUAACAUGAAAUUAAAGUUUUCCUUUGACGUUGUCAGAAUGUCAUGCUUGUUCCGAAACAUUCUAAUAAUGUUCAGAGUAACGUUGUUAGUAAGCAACCAAAUGUCAACCAAAUGAAACUCACUUUGUUCAGGGACUGCUUCUUGCUAGCUGCUAUAUAUAUGGGGUUUUCACUACUCAUAAUAAAACCAAUUAUCUUUGCAUUGUUUUAGUAAGGAGGAUUGUCAUGGUAGAUCAUUCUAUAAUAGAUAUAUACUGUAUAUUAUACAGUUGAAGUCGGAAGUUUACAUACAAUUAGGUUGGAGUCAUUAAAACUUGUUUUUCAACCACUCCACACAUUUCUUGUUAACAAACUAUAGUUUUGGCAAGUUGGUUAGGACAUCUACUUUGUGCAUGACACAAGUAAUUCUUCCAACAAUUGUUUACAGACAGAUUAUUUCACGUUAUAAUUCACUGUAUCACAAUUCCAGUGGGUCAGAAGUUUACAUACACUAAGUUGACUGCGCCUUUAAACAGCUUGGAAUAUUCCAGAAAAUGAUGUCAUGGCUUUAGAAGCUUCUGAUAGGCUAAUUGACAUCAUUUGAGUCAAUUGGAGGUGUACCUGUGGAUGUAUUUCAAGGCCUACCUCCAAAAUCAGUGCCUCUUUGCUUGACAUCAUAGGAAAAUCAAAAGAAAUCAGCCAAGACCUCAGAAAAAAAUUGUAGACCUCCACAAGUCUGGUUCAUCUUGGGAGCAAUUUCCAAACGCCUGAAGGUACCACGUUCAUCUGUACAAGCAAUAGUACGCAAGUAUUACAUUUUUACAUUUUAGUCAUUUAGCAGACGCUCUUAUCCAGAGCGACUUACAGUUAGUGAGUGCAUACAUUUUCAUACUGGCCCCCCGUGGGAAACGAACCCACAACCCUGGCAUUGCAAGCGCCAUGCUCUACCAACUCAGCUAUAAACACCAUGGGACCACGCAGCCAUCAUACCGCUCAGGAAGGAGACGCGUUCUGUCUCCUAGAGAUGAACGUACUUUGGUGCACAGCAAAGGACCUUGUGAAGAUGCUGGAGGAAACAGGUGCAAAAGUAUCUAUAUCCACAGUAAAAUGAGUCCUAUAUCGACAUAAUGAGAUUAAUAUCUUCCUAAAGCAUGACCCUGAGGACAUAAUGAGAUUAAUAUAUUCCUAAAGCAUGACCCUGAGGACAUAAUGAGAUUAAUAUCUUCCCAAAGCAUGACCCUGAGUACGUAAUUAAAUUAAUAUCUUCCUAAAGCAUGACCCUGAGGAGUGCAGACUGCUCUGUCAUGUGACUCUGGUCAAUGGGGUCACCUAGAGAGGCAGUCAAUAGAUGGCAAAAGGCUACUGUCUUUGAGUGCACUGCAUUAAACAUGAUUUGUUGGGUUAGGUUGUUGAUUUCCUAAUACUGUAAGGAAGCGUGUGGAGCCUACAACCAUAGAAUGAGGACAGGGCAAGGGACGCUGGAAGCUGUGAAAUAAGCUGUUGGGCUUGAAGUUUAAAGAGAAAGGACUAUAUAUCUCUCUCUCUUUCUCUCCCACCCCCUCUUCUCUUGACCAUCUGUCCUUUUGUAACAAUUGAACCUCUGGAUGUCCAAUUAAUGAUUGAGCUACAGCUUUUCACUACUCUAUGAACAGUAACAACAGCUCUCACUAACCAUCAACAGCCAUAUCACUAACAGUUAAUGAUUAUAGUCAGUCUCAACUGAAACACUGAGGUAGAUGGUUGGGGGAGAACAGCCCUCUCUCUCUCUCUCUCUCUCUCUCUCUCCUCUCUCUCUCUCUCUCUCUCUCUCUCUCUCUCUCUCUCUUCUUCUCUCUCUUUCAUCUUAGCAGUAUGGCUAACCUGCUGACCAUCAGCAGAUUUCUGAGCUUUGCAAAAAGGUGUAGAAUGCAGGUAUAAAGUACAAAGUCAUGGGAGGAUGCUUAGCUGCCUGUGUGUUACUGCUAGCUGCAUUUUCAGGUUUCACCAUGUGUUUACUUAGAGUUGUCAGUAGUAGUAGUAGUAGUAGUAGUAGUAGUAGUAGUAGUAGUAGAAGUAUGUUUAUUUCUUUAUUUGGAUCCCCAUUAGCUUUUGCAGAAGCAUCAGGUACUCUUCCUGGGUUCCACAAAAAACACAAAACAUGACAAGUAACAAAACACUGAUAGACAAGGACAGUCACACAAAUACAACUAAAAACUGUUUGUUAGUGUGUCUGUGUGUUUGUUAGUGUGUCUGUGUGUUUGUUAGUGUGUCUGUGUGUUUGUUAGUGUGUCUGUGUGUUUGUGUGUGUGUCUGUGUGUUUGUUAGUGUGUCUGUGUGUUUGUGUGUGUGUCCCCUCACAGUCCCCGCCGUUCCAUGAGAUGUUGUUUAAUCAGAUUUUUAAAGGCCAUUUUGCUGUUUUUGGAGAUGGAAGGGAGUUCGAUGCAAACAUGGCUCUGUGUAAUACCGUGCAUUGCUAUGAAUUCAUUUUGGACUUGGGGACUGUAAGAGACCCCUGGUGGCAUGUCUUGUGGGGUAUGUAUGGGUGUCUGAGCUGAAUGUUAUUUGAUUGUGCAGACAAUCUGGAAUUUUCAUCACAGUAAUAUUUCUCAUGACAACUAGAAGAGAAGCAGUAUAUAGUAUAUAGUAUACUUCCCCAGAGUCAUAUGAACUCGUGGAUACCAUUUUCAUGUCUCUGUGUCAAGUAUGAAGGAAGUUAGAUGUAGUUUUGCGUAGUGACUAUGGUAUCUGCUAGCAGGGUAUCUACUAGCAUGCUAGGAUAUAACAUAGACUUUCAAUGAUUAUGCUAACGCUAGCGAAACUGCCUCUAACUUUCUUCAUACUUCAUACACAGAGAUAAAAAUGGUAUCCAUGAGUUCAUCUGACUCUGGGGAAGUAGAUCAAAUCCCAUAUCCCUUUAAUCUCUCGUUAACCCUUAACCAGGAAAGACUGGCAUGCAUGUUGUUGAUGUUAGUUCCCGCUCAGCCCAGUCAAAACUGUUCGCUGCUCUGGCACCCCAAUGGUGGAACAAGCUCCCUCACGACGCCAGGACAGCGGAGUCACUCACCACCUUCCGGAGACAUUUGAAACCCCACCUCUUUAAGGAAUACCUGGGAUAGGAUAAAGUAAUCCUUCUACCCCCCCCCCCCCCCCCUUACCCCAACCCAAACCCCAACCCCCCCCCCCAAAAAAAAAAAAAAAAAACAUUGUAAAGUGGUGAUCCCACUGGCUAUAAGGUGAAUGCACCUAUUUGUAAGUCGCUCUGGAUAAGAGCGUCUGCUAAAUGACGUAAAUGUAAAUGUAAAUGUAUGUGUAGUUAAGGGCAAGUUGUGCUGCUCUGUUUUGAGCCAGCUACAGCUUUGCUAGAUCUUUCUUUGCUGCACUUGAUCAUAUUACCGGACUGUAAUCCAAAUUGGACAAGACCAGACCCUUAAUAACUAGUACAGGUGAUUUUUGUGUCAAAAACGUAGAACAUUUUUUUUAUAACAGACAUACCCCUCCCCAUCUUCACAACAACUUUGUCAGUAUGACUUGAUCUUGAUACUGUAUUUGACCAUCCAAUGUUAUACCUAGGUGUUAAGAUUCUUCAACUUCCUCAAUUGUCACACCUUUUAUGCACAACUCCAGUUGAGGUUUAGGUCUUAGAGAAUGUUUUGAACUAAAUACAAUGCUUUUAGUUUUAGAUGUAUUUAAGACCAGUUUAUUAUUAAUCACCCAUUCUGAUACAGACUAUUGGAUAAAUAACUCUGCAACCAUGUGAUGUAAAGCCAUAGCCAGUGAGUUUCUUCAAUAACAAUUUAUGAUCAAUAAUAUCAAAGGAUGCCCUGAAAUCUAACAUAUCAGCUCAAACUAUCAUCUUAUUAUCCAUUUAUUUUAACCAAUCAUCUGUCAUCUGAGUCAGUGCAGUAAAAGUUGAGUGCCCUUAACUUGUUCUCUGAAAAAUAGCCUUGUAUUUGGUCAAACACAAUUCUCUCCAUCAGUUUACUGAGAACAGGCAGCAAACUGAUUGGCCAGGUGUGCUUUAAUGUUUUUUGGUAGUGGAAUUACUUUAGCUUCCUUCCACGCCUAUGGACACACAUACUCCUUUAGGCUUUGGUUAAAGAUAUAUCAAAAUAGGGGUGACAAUACAGUCUGCUACCAUUAUCAAUAGUUUCCCAUCAAGGUUGUCUAUACCUGGUGGCUUAUCAUUAUUGAUGAAUAACAAAAGUUUUUCCACCUCUUCCACACUAACUUGGCCAAAUUCAAAACAGCAAUCUUUUUUCUUCAUUAUUAGAUUUUUUUAUACUCAAAUAUGAUGGUUCACUGGCUAAUGUUGUCAUUUCACUUCUAAGUUUUUUCACUUUACUAGUGAAAUAGUCAUUGAAAUGAUCGGCAAUAUCGAAAGGUUUUGUUAUAAAUGACCCAUCAACUUCAAUGAACGAUGGAGUUUAAUUGGGUUUUCUGCCCAUGAUAUCAUUUUAAGGUUCUCCGAAGUAUUUUUCCAUUGUGUUUUAUGUAAUUUAUCUUGGUUGGGUAAUAUAAUUUCUUAUUUUUGUUAAGUUUAGUCACAACAUUUCACAAUUGACAGUAUGUCAACCAAUCAGCUGAGCAGCCUGACUUGUUGGCCACCUCUUUUGCAAAACAUUUUCAGUUCAACAUCAAUCCAGGGUGCUGUAACAGUUCUCACAGUUAAUUUCUUAACAGGUAUUAACAGCACUGUUGUCUAUCACCGAGCUAUCAGCUGUUAGUGGAUGAGAUGACCCGCUGUCUGUCUCUCGUCCAGUCUGUUAUCCUUCCUGUCACUAUCUCUCUGUCUGUCCACCUCCCUCCCUGGAUACUAUCAGCCCCCCGUGGAUUCCUCAAUGUAGAAAGGAGAGAAGUGUCAUUCCUGCCUUACAUCAUUACUACUCCUCUCUGCUUAACCUUCUAAACACUUUUGAAAGGGAAAUGUAGGCCAUUUUGAUCUUAAUAACUUAAAAACGGAGCAUUUUAAAUGAUUAGAUUCAUCUUAGACUCUAUGCUCUUACAAUUGAGGAGCUUGGUGAAAUAUGACAGCUUAUUAAAUGCAGCAGUAAGCAGAUUCUGAAGUCAGUCAGAGUGAACAACAGUUUCUGGAUACUUGACAUAGUUGUCUCAUGCCUGGUCAGCACCUGUUGAUCCCUGUGGUAACCAGGGGGGCUGGAGACGGGCACAGAGCCCUACAGACACACAUGCACGCACACACACACACACACACACUUACGGCCAUAUACACACACACACUUAGGGACACACACUUAAGGACACACACACACAGACAAAGACACAUAAAACAGACACACACACACAGUACUGUGUCAGCCGUCAGCCUACGAGGAACUUAUACAGCUCAAGUCUCAAUCCCAUGACCUCUGACCUCUAACCUCUGACCUCCUCUGCUUUCUAACUUGGAUGUGCAAGCUACUUUAAUGGAAAUAAUAUUUUAUAAGUACCGCCUACGGCCCUUAGUUGUCAUCUUGGCUUGCUAAAAAACUUGCUGAGAGACUGUAUGCUAACCAUUUUUAGGGUUAAAGGUUAAAGUAAAGUGGUGAAGACUUUUGUUUACUCCUCUGACUCCUCUCCCACUUGGCCAGGUCUUUUGACCUUGAGGUGAGGAGUCAUUCAACCACUAACCACCACCAACAACCUCCUUCCCUGUGUUCUCCAUCUCUACCCUAGCUUUAAUCAGUGUUAUUCUAGGCGUGAGUGACUGAGGCAGUGUCCUAAAUGGCAUCAUAUUCCCUAAAUAGUGCACUACUUUUGAUCAGAGCCCUAUGAGCCCUGGUAAAAGAAAUAGUGCCAAUUGGGAUGGACCCUGAGUGUCCAACUGGUGUGAGUGGAUUCCCGGAAUCUGUUCUGUGCCCUUUGGAGUUUAUGAGCAAUGGAAGUAGAAUGCUUCUAAACAAUGUCCUUUCCUCUCCUCUCCUCCUCUCUUCUCCUCUCGUCUCCUCUCUUUCAAGCAGUGGGAUUCCAUUAGUGUGUUUGUCCCUCUUACAGGUUACUGAACUGAACCUGAGGGAAGAGAGGACAUGCUGGGUCACACUGUGUGUGUGUGUGUGUGUGUGUGUGUGUGUGUGUGUGUGUGUGUGUGUGUGUGUGUGUGUGUGUAAGAGUGAGUUUCCAAUGCCCUCCUUUUGAGAGGGGAUUUUAAGCCUUCCCCUUCACAAUUGCUACUUUUAAUUAAACCUUAGACAAACUCAGCCACUCCACUCAGAGACGCUGCCAUGCAUAGGUUCAGGCAAGACACAUCCUGCAAUGUACUGUAGGCUGGCUGUACUGUAGGCUGGCUGUACUGCAGGCUGGCUGUACUGUAGGCUGGCUGUACUGCAGGCUGGCUGUACUGUAGGCUGGCUGUGCUGGCUGGCUGGCUGUACUGGCUGGCUGGCUGUGCUGGCAGGCUGGCUGUACUGCAGGCUGGCUGUACUGUAGGCUGGCUGUACUGCAGGCUCGCUGUACUGCAGGCUGGCUGUACUGUAGGCUGGCUGUACUGGCUGGCUGGCUGUACUGGCUGGCUGGCUGGCUGGCUGUACUGGCUGGCUGGCUGUACUGGCUGGCUGGCUGUGCUGGCAGGCUGGCUGGCUGUACUGCAGGCUGGCUGUACUGCAGGCUGGCUGUACUGCAGGCUGGCUGUACUGCAACACGAUCUCAUAGUUUCCCUUUCGAAAUUCAACAUAUUAUUAAUUUUGCGUGCUUACAGGGUUAAUUCUGCGUGGUUACAGGGUUAAUUCUGCGUGGUUACAGGGUUAAUUCCACAUGGUUACAGUGUUAAAACAGAAACAAGUCAAAGAUGAACAGUUUAGGCAUUCAUUCUGAGUGGUUAAGGUUAGGGCUAUAGUUUGGGGAAGGCUUGAAACAAAAUAAUAAAAAACUAUGCGCUAUUACCAUCAAGUAUCAUCAAGUAUUUUCAUAGCUUGCUAUAGCAUUGUGAACUGCGGUAGGGCAGUGGUCUGAGCAGCAUGCUUUGGCUCCGAGCAUCAUGAGUUUGCACCCAGUGGCAGGCAAUUGUUUAUCUUUUUUUUUGCCAAGGAAGGCAUAUAUCGCCCUUCUCAGGACCUUUUCAAACGUCAGAAAUCGAAGUCUAUUUCUAGUGAUCAGGCUGGUAGGCUAGCACGGACUCACUUCCUGCAUAGUACUGUAGGCUAGCACGGACUCACUUCCUGCAUAGUACUGUAGGCUAGCACAGACUCACUUCCUGUAUAGUACUGUAGGCUAGCACAGACUCACUUCCUGUAUAGUACUGUAGGCUAGCACAGACUCACUUCCUGUAUAGUACUGUAGGCUAGCACAGACUCACUUCCUGUAUAGUACUGUAGGCUAGCACAGACUCACUUCCUGUAUAGUACUGUAGGCUAGCACAUACUCACUUCCUGCAUAGUACUGUAGGCUAGCACACAGACUAUAGACUACCAUGGUGGACAGACAUGUCUCAGCUAUAUUUAUGGUAACACACACACACACACACACACACACACACACACACACACACACCAGCUCAGUAUAGGGAAAUGUCUGGCCCUGCUCCACUGGAGGAUCAACUUAGUUUCAGGUGGUUUUCCUGGAAACCCUCUGAUGACCUUGCCUGAUAAUGUUCAAUGACUCAUUAUUCAGUAUGACUACAUGCUGUGAAGAGGAAUGUCUGAGUUGAAUGGGUUUUGAGGAAUGGGACUCAAGGUUGACAAACCAAGGUUCCUCCCUCCUCUACUCGCUCUCCCCUCUCUCCCCUACCACCCACAGUCACUCGCCGCUCACCUUUCAAAUAUCCUGUGAGGGGGACGACGCUUAAGAACUAUUGUUGUGGGAGAUUAGUACGUGUGUGUGUGUGUGUGUGUGUGUGUGAGUGCAUGCGUGUACUGUGUGUGUUACAGACCAUAAAUAUAGCUGAGACAUGUCUGUCCAUCAUGGUAGUCUAUAGAUCUAACAGAGGAGUGUGUGUGCUAGCCUACAUUGCGCGCACACACACACACACACACAAACAGACACACACACACUGGAUUUUCCCAUGACCCCAUUCAACCCCAUACUGAGACAGCUGACCCGUAGGAAGAAGUAACCAUGGCAACCCUUUUGUCCCCUAGAUGCAGGAGCUGGAGCUGAGGGUGACAGAGUCUGACCAAAGGGCUGAGAGCGCUGAGAAACAGGUACAGUACAGUAACAGUCUGCCAACCACAUUUUACAAUCACAGCUUCUUUAGGCUCGAGUAGCUGCAGCUCUCUCUCGCUCUCAUAAUUUCUGCACUUCCCUCUCUAUAACAGUUGAGGCUCAUCUUGCAAACUUGAUUUAGUCUCCUCCUACUGAUGGUCAAAGAAAGAGUCCAUUUAUUCCCAUCUAUCGUGUGAGUGUGUGAUGUGAGCAUAGUUGAUGAUGUAUUACAGGUCCAUGUCAUGGAAGAGAAGCUGAAAUCUGCAAACAUACAACCCAGCGAAUCAGAGAACUUGUUGUACAGAAGGUACCAGGAUCUGACCAAUCAGGUGCAGGAGAAAGAUGCAGUGAUAAAGAGAUUAGAGGUGCAGCUGGAAAAACAGGUAUGGAAGUUAUAGUGUGAGACCCAAAUGGUAUCCUAUCCCCUUUAUAGUGCACUACUUUUGACCAGAGCCCUACGGGCCUUGGUCAAAAGUAUGGCACUAUAAAGGGAAUAGGGUACCAUUUGGGACACAACCAUAGAUAAGAAACAUACAUGUCCAUUCGCGUUCAUAAUAUGUACUGUAGGUUAUGAUGAGUCACUAACCAUAAACCCUGUUUUCUUGGCCUCUAGAUCUUAGUCAGAGCCCAGGAGGCUAAGAUUAUUGAGGAGAAGGCUGCUAAAAUCAAAGACUGGGUUACGUUUAAGCUACGAGAGGUAAGCGUAGCUCAGAUAAAGUAUGUACUGUGACAUAUACAUCCUAUAGGGACCAGCCACGUCAAAGAUGAAUCUUUCUUUGCAUUAUCUUAACUCAAACCCAAACACAGCUUAUGAUCAGUUGUUUUAAGACAAAGAGAACAGUUAACCCCAAACUGUCACUAAUUGUCAUCUUCUUUCUGUGUUUCAGAUGGAGAUUGAGAACCAGCAGCUGAAGAUGUCUAACCUGAAGCAGGCAGAACAGAUUAUGAUGCUGCAGGACAAACUGCAAGGUGAUCCUGAUCCUCCUUCCACCACAGAUGUACAAAAAGCCUGGGAACUUUAGUUAAUCUACCCAGCACCUCACCCUCUGAGAGUACCACACUCCAUUUUAACAAACCAACACGAUGCUAGCCAGCUGUUGUGACAGCAUUAACAACUAUCAUCACAGUUUUCAGUUGUUAUCCACCUAAAGUCAUGCAAAUGGCCUGGUUGAAGUGGCGUAGGAUCUGUACGAGUGGGAGUAUCUAGAUGAUGAAGAGUAGGGUGCCCAGCACAGAGCCCUGCGGCACACCACAGUCUAUGUUACUUUGAUAGUAUCAGAGCCUUAUCACCUUAGUGCUAGAUAGUAGUCAAGUGUGGGCCUAUGUUCUACAGUACAUGUUGUGAUAUUGUCAAAAGUUGCUGAUGUGACUAUCUUUUCCCCUCUUGUCCAAUAGCUCUCCUGGAGAAGCAUUCAUCUCCCCUACCCCCCACCUCUCCAUCCACAGACACCCACCAAGUACCCUCUAGCCCUCUGUACCACCCAUGCUGUCCUGGGACCCCGCCUGCCCAGGAGGAGACAGGCUGGGGGAUACAGACAUGUCCAGGGGACAGAGCAGAGCAGCCCUGUAAACCCAGAGGGGACAGAGGAGACGCAACAGGCCACGGCACUGUGACAGUAACCCUGCCAGACACUCCCUCUCUGGGCAGCAGGGGCAGGGAGGCUGGGGCUGGACCUGGUAGUCCUGUUCCAACCACUGGAGGUCAGGACCAACCAGAAGGUGGCGCUACUCCCAGAGAUCACUCCUCGGACGAGCUCAACAGCAGGUUCCGCUCCCAACGUCUCCACUCCUCCUCCUCUUCCUCUUCCUCCUCCUCAUCUUCCUCCGCCUGUGAAACAACCCACGGGGGUCCCAGGACCCCUGAUAUCCCUACCUCCACCUCCACCCCCAAAAACCCUCUCCUCUGCCGCUCUCCAUCUAACUCCCAUCCCUUCCAGGCCCACACCCAGCCCCUGGCACUACCCUCCCAUACUGGGACCAGCAUGACCCUACCCAAGGUGUGUUCAGUUCUAUGUAUGUAUGUAUGUACAGUGGGGAGAACAAGUAUUUGAUACACUGCCGAUUUUGCAGGUUUUCCUACUUACAAAGCAUGUAGAGGUCUGUAAUUUUUAUCAUAGGUACACUUCAACUGUGAGAGACGGAAUCUAAAACAAAAAUCCAGAUAAUCACAUUGUAUGAUUUUUAAGUAAUUAAUUUGCAUUUUAUUGCAUGACAUAAGUAUUUGAUACAUCACAAAAGCAGAACUUAAUAUUUGGUACAGAAACCUUUGUUUGCAAUUACAGAGAUCAUACGUUUCCUGUAGGUCUUGACCAGGUUUGCACACACUGCAGCAGGGAUUUUGGCCCACUCCUCCAUACAGACCUUCUCCAGAUCCUUCAGGUUUCGGGGCUGUCGCUGGGCAAUACGGAGUUUCAGCUCCCUCCAAAGAUUUUCUAUUGGGUUCUGGUCUGGAGACUGGCUAGGCCACUCCAGGACCUUGAGAUGCUUCUUACGGAGCCACUCCUUAGUUGCCCUGGCUGUGUGUUUUGGGUCAUUGUCAUGCUGGAAGACCCAGCCACGACCCAUCUUCAAUGCUCUUACUGAGGGAAGGAGGUUGUUGGCCAAGAUCUCGCGAUACAUGGCCCCAUCCAUCCUCCCCUCAAUACGGUGCAGUCGUCCUGUCUCCUUUGCAGAAAAGCAUCCCCAAAGAAUGAUGUUUCCACCUCCAUGCUUCACAGUUGGGAUGGUGUUCUUGGGGUUGUACUCAUCCUUCUUCUUCCUCCAAACACGGCGAGUGGAGUUUAGACCAAAAAGCUCUAUUUUUGUCUCAUCAGACCACAUGACCUUCUCCCAUUCCUCCUCUGGAUCAUCCAGAUGGUCAUUGGCAAACUUCAGACGGGCCUAGACAUGCGCUGGCUUGAGCAGGGGGACCUUGCGUGCUCUGCAGGAUUUUAAUCCAUGACGGCGUAGUGUGUUAUUAAGGGUUUUCUUUGAGACUGUAGUCCCAGCUCUCUUCAGGUCAUUGACCAGGUCCUGCCAUGUAUUUCUGGGCUGAUCCCUCACCUUCCUCAUGAUCAUUGAUGCCCCACGAGGUGAGAUCUUGCAUGGAGCCCCAGACCGAGGGUUGAUUGACCGUCAUCUUGAACUUCUUCCAUUUUCUAAUAAUUGCGCCAACAGUUGUUGCCUUCUCACUAAGCUGCUUGCCUAUUGUCCUGUAGCCCAUCCCAGCCGUGUGCAGGUCGACAAUUUUAUCCCUGAUGUCCUUACACAGCUCUCUGGUCUUGGCCAUUGUGGAGAGGUUGGAGUCUGUUUGAGUGUGUGGACAGGUGUAUUUUAUACAGGUAACGAGUUCAAAAGGGUGCAGUUAAUACAGGUAAUGAGUGGAGAACAGGAGGGCUUCUUAAAGAAAAACUAACAGGUCUGUGAGAGCCGGAAUUCUUACUGGUUGGUAGGUGAUCAAAUACUUAUGUCAUGCAAUAAAAUGCAAAUUAAUUACUUAAAAAUCAUACAAUGUGAUUUUCUGGAUUUUUGUUUUAGAUUCCGUCUCUCACAGUUGAAGUGUACCUAUGAUAAAAAUUACAGACCUCUACAUGCUUUGUAAGUAGGAAAACCUGCAAAAUCGGCAGUGUAUCAAAUACUUGUUCUCCCCACUGUAUGUAUGUGUGUAUAUACACUACCAAUCAAAAGAUUGGACACCUACUCAUUCCAGGGUUUUUCUUUAUUUUUACUAUUUUCUACAUUAUAGAAUAAUAGUGAAGACAUCAAAACAAUGAAAUAACACAUAUGGAAUCAUGUACUAACCAAAAAAGCUUUAAACAAAUCAAAAUAUAUUUUAUAUUUGAGAUUCUUCAAAGUAGCCACCCUUUGCCUUGAUGAGCGCUUUUCACACUCUUGUCAUUCUCUCAACCAGCUUCACCUGGAAUGUUUUUCCAACAGUCUUGAAGGAGUUCCCACAUAUGCUGAGCACUUGUUGGCUGCUUUUCCUUUACUCUGCAGUCCAACUCAUCCCAAACCAUCUCAAUUUGGUUGAGGUCGGGGGAUUGUGGAGGCCAGGUCAUCACUCUCCUUUUUGGUAAAAUAGCCCUUACACAGCCUGGAGGUGUGUUGGGUCAUUGUCCUGUUGAAAACCAAAUGAUAGUCCCACUAAGCGCAAACCAGAUGGGAUGGCGUAUCGCUGCAGAAUGCUGUGGUAGCCAUGUUGGUUAAGUGGUCCUCUGUAGCUCAGCUGGUAGAGCACGGUGGUUAAGUGUACCUUGAAUUCUAAAUAAAUCACCGACAGUGUCACCAGCAAUCACCCCCACACCAUAACACCUCCUCCUCCAUGCUUUACGGUGGGAACUACACAUGCGGAGAUCAUCCGUUCACCUACUCUGCGUCUCACAAAGACACUUGGUUGGAACCAAAAAUCUCACAUUUGGACUCAUCAGAUCAAAGGACAGAUUUCCACCGGUCUAAUGUCCAUUGCUCGUGUUUGUUGGCCCAAGCAAGUCUCAUUCUUAUUAUUGGUGUCCUUUAGCAGUGGUUUCUUGGCAGCAAUUCGACCAUGAAGGCCUGAUUCACACAGUCUCCUCUGAACAGUUGAUGUUGAGAUGUGUCUGUUACUUGAACUCUGUGAAGCAUUUAUUUGGGCUGCAUUCUGAGGUGCAGUUAACUCUAAUGAACUUAUCCUCUGCAGCAGAAGUAACUCUGGGUCUUCCUUUCCUGUGGCAGUCCUCAUGAGAGCCAGUUUCAUCAUAGCGCCUGAUGGUUUUUGCGACUGCACUUGAAGAAACUUUCAAAGUUCUUGAAAUGUUCCGUAUUGACUGACCUUCAUGUCUUAAAGUAAUGAUGGACUGUCGUUUCUCUUUACUUAUUUGAGCUGUUCUUGCCAUAAUAUGGACUUGGUCUUUUACCAAAUAGGGCUAUCUUCUGCAUACCACCCCUACCUUGUCACAACGCAAUUGAUUGUCUCAAACGCAUUAAGAAGGAAAGAAAUUCCACAAAUUAACUUUUAACAAGGCACACCUGUUAAUUGAAAUGCAUUCCAGGUGACUACCUCAUGAAGCUGGUUGAGAGAAUGCCAAGAGUGUGCAAAGCUGUCAUCAAGGCAAAGGGUGGUUACUUUGAAGAAUCUCAAAUAUAAAAUAUAUUUUAAUUUGUUUAACACUUUUUUGGUUACUACAUGAUUCCGUCUGUGUUAUUUCAUCGUUUUGAUGUCUUCACUAUUAUUCUAUAAUGUAGAAAAUAGUAAAAAUAAAGAAAAACCCUGGAAUGAGAAGGUGUGUCAAAACUUUUCACUGGUACUGUAUAUAUACACCACAUGACCAAAAGUAUGUGGUAACCUGCUCCUCAAACAUCUCAUUCCAAAAUCAUGGGCAUUAAUAUGGAGUUGGUCCCCUCUUUGCUGCUAUAACAGCCUCCGCUCUUCUGGGAAGGCUUUCCAGUAAAUGUUAGAACAUUGCUGCGGGGACCUGCUUCCAUUCAGCCACGAGCGUUAGUGAGGUUGGGCACUGAUGUUGGGCGAUUAGGCCUGGCUCGCAGUCGGCGUUCCAAUUCAUCCCAAAGGUGUUAGAUGGGGUUGAGGUCAGGGCUCUGUGCAGGCCAGUCAAGUUCUUCCACACCGAUCUCAACAAACCAUUUCUGUAUGGACCUCGCUUUGUGCACAGGGGCAUUGUCAUGCUGAAACAGGAAAGUGCCUUCCACAAACUUUUGCCACAAAGUUGGAAGCACAGAUUUGUCUAGAAUGUCAUUAUAUGCUGUAGCGUUAAGAUUUCCCUUCACUGGAACUAAGAGGCCUAGCCCGAACCAUGAAAAACAGCCCCAGACCAUUAUUCCUCCGCCACCAAACUUUACAGUUGGCAAUAUGCAUUGGGGCAUGUAGCGUUCUCCUGGCAUCCGCCAAACCCAGAUUCCUCUGUCGGACUGCCAGAUGGUGAAGCGUGAUUCAUCCCUCCAGAGAACGCGUUUCCACUGCUCCAGAGUCCAAUGGCGGCGAGCUUUACACCACUCCAGCCGACGCUUGGCAUUGCGCAUGGUGAUCUUAGGCUUGUGUGCAGCUGCUCUGCCAUGGAAACCCUUUUCAUGAAGCUCCCGACUAAUCAGUUCUUGUGGUGACGUUGCUUCCAGAGGCAGUUUGGAACUCGGUAGUGAGUGUUGCAAGCGAGGACAGACGGUUUUUACGCACUACGCACUUCAGCACUCGGCGGUCCCGUUCUGUGAGCUUGUGUGGCUUACCACUUUGUGGCUGAGCCUUUGUUGCUCCUAGACGUUUCCACUUCACAAUAACAACACUUACAGUUGACCGGGGCAGCUCUAGCAGGGCAGAAAUUUGACGAACUUACUUGUUGGAAAGGUGGCAUCCUAUGACGGUGCCACAUUGAAAUUCACUGAGCUCUUCAGUAAGGCCAUCUACUGCCAACAUUUGUCUAUGGAGAUUGCAAUGGCUGUGUGCUCGAUUUUAUACACGUCAACAAUGGGUGUGGCUGAAAUAGCCGAAUCCACAAAUUUGAAGGGGUGUCCACAUACUUUUGUAUAUACAGGUAUAGUUAUAUAUAUAUAUAUAUAUAUAUAUAUAUCACUACCAGUCAAAAGUUUGGACACACCUACUCAUUCAAGGGUUUUCCUUUAUUUUUACUAUUUUCUACAUUGUAGAUAUUUAUAUAUAUAUAUAUAUAUAUAUACAGUGGGGAGAACAAGUAUUUGAUACACUGCCGAUUUUGCAGGUUUUCCUACUUACAAAGCAUGUAGAGGUCUGUAAUUUUUAUCAUAGGUACAUUUCAACUGUGAGAGACGGAAUCUAAAACAAAAAUCCAGAAAAUCACAUGGUAUGAUUUUUAAGUAAUUAAUUUGCAUUUUAUUGCAUGACAUAAGUAUUUGAUCACCUACCAACCAGUAAGAAUUCCAGCUCUCACAGACCUGUUAGUUUUUCUUUAAGAAGCCCUCCUGUUCUCCACUCAUUACCUGUAUUAACUGCACCUGUUUGAACUUGUUACAUGUAUAAAAGACACCUGUCCACACACUCAAUCAAACAGACUCCAACCUCUCCACAAUGCCCAAGACCAGAGAGCUGUGUAAGGACAUCAGGGAUAAAAUUGUAGACCUGCACAAGGCUGGGAUGGGCUACAGGACAAUAGGCAAGCAGCUUGGUGAGAAGGCAACAACUGUUGGCGCAAUUAUUAGAAAAUGGAAGAAGUUCAAGAUGACGGUCAAUCACCCUCGGUCUGGGGCUCCAUGCAAGAUCUCACCUCGUGGGGCAUCAAUGAUCAUGAGGAAGGUGAGGGAUUAGCCCAGAACUACACGGCAGGACCUGGUCAAUGACCUGAAGAGAGCUGGGACCACAGUCUCAAAGAAAACCAUUAGUAACACACUAUGCCGUCAUGGAUUAAAAUCCUGCAGCGCACGCAAGGUCCCCCUGCUCAAGCCAGCGCAUGUCCAGGCCCGUCUGAAGUUUGCCAAUGACCAUCUGGAUGAUCCAGAGGAGGAAUGGGAGAAGGUCAUGUGGUCUGAUGAGACAAAAAUAGAGCUUUUUGGUCUAAACUCCACUCGCCGUGUUUGGAGGAAGAAGAAGGAUGAGUACAACCCCAAGAACACCAUCCCAACCGUGAAGCAUGGAGGUGGAAACAUCAUUCUUUGGGGAUGCUUUUCUGCAAAGGGGACAGGACGACUGCACCGUAUUGAGGGAGGAUGGAUGGGGCCAUGUAUCGCGAGAUCUUGGCCAACAACCUCCUUCCCUCAGUAAGAGCAUUGAAUAUGGGUCGUGGCUGGGUCUUCCAGCAUGACAACGACCCGAAACACACAGCCAGGGCAACUAAGGAGUGGCUCCGUAAGAAGCAUCUCAAGGUCCUGGAGUGGCCUAGCCAGUCUCCAGACCUGAACCCAAUAGAAAAUCUUUGGAGGGAGCUGAAAGUCUUUAUUGCCCAGCGACAGCCCCGAAACCUGAAGGAUCUGGAGAAGGUCUGUAUGGAGGAGUGGGCCAAAAUCCCUGCUGAAGUGAGUGCAAACCUGGUCAAGACCUACAGGAAACGUAUGAUCUCUGUAAUUCCAAACAAAGGUUUCUGUACCAAAUAUUAAGUUCUGCUUUUCUGAUGUAUCAAAUACUUAUGUCAUGCAAUAAAAUGCAAAUUAAUUACUUAAAAAUCAUACAAUGUGAUUUUCUGGAAUUUGUUUUAGAUUCAGUCUCUCACAGUUGAAGUGUACCUAUGAUAAAAAUUACAGACCUCUACAUGCUUUGUAAGUAGGAAAACCUGCAAAAUCGGCAGUGUAUCAAAUACUUGUUCUCCCCACUGUGUAUAUAUAUAUAUAUAUAUAUAUAUAUAAAAAUAUCUACAAUGUAGAAAAUAGUAAAAAUAAAGGAAAACCCUUGAAUGAGUAGGUGUGUCCAAACUUUUGACUGGUAGUGUUUAUAUAUAUAUAUAUAUAUAUAUAUAUAUACACGAUUCUUGUUACUGUUUGACUGUGCCUAUGUGUGAUGGCCGCAAUGGAGCGUGAUGUUAUCAGUCAGUAAACUUAGUUGAACUUGAACCACAUCAAUCAGUCAAUCAAUCAAUCAAUCAAUCAAAUAUCAAUCAAUUAUGUAAUCUAUCUUUGUUUGUGAACUAACAGGUGCGGACGCCUCUGACCCCCCGAGACAGCAUCCAGCUGGUGAAGAAACACUACAGUCAGCCCCAGCCUGGAGGUCUGGACUGGCUGCACCACCUCAAUGUCCCCAGAGACAUCAUGACUGCCUCCAGCACCCAGGUAAAGGGGGGAGCAUGCUCAACGUUAUCUUGUUGUGUAAAAACAGUGAUUGGGUGCUUAAAGUCAACAGUCAGUCACGUAACAACGAUAAAAGGGUACCCGGCUGCGCUCACUUGAUGUAGUUGCAAUUGAAGUAACAAUUUAUUUUAUUUUCAUCUUUGCACCCUGCAGGGCCCUGCGUCUCCCUCCACCUGCAGUCACUUCCUGCAGGGCCCUGCGUCUCCCUCCACCUGCAGUCACUUCCUGCAGGGCCCUGUGUCUCCCUCCACCUGCAGUCACUUCCUGCAGGGCCCUGUGUCUCCCUCCACCUGCAGUCACUUCCUGCAGGGCCCUGCGUCUCCCUCCACUUGCAGUCAUGUCCUGGUGGAGACAGAUAUAGAUGACGGGCUGCCUGACGGUAUGGAGGGGGUGGUAGAGGAGGCCGGGGCAGAUGGUCCUCCCCAGGAAGGUGUGUCGUUUGUUGGGUUGGCUGAGGAUCUGGAACUGCUGGAUCGGGAGGUCCUGAAACCCCCCACCCCGCCUCUGCACCGCUUCCCCUCCUGGGUGAGUGAGUGAGUGCUGGUGGUGGAGUGUUCUUUGCCAUAGUCUCAUAUGUGUGUGUGUUCCUGUUGAGUUAUUGUGAGCAGUCAAAGUAAUGUUACAAAACACACACACAUACACUCAUGCUUACACAAUUAUAUAUGUGCUCUACAGGAGAGCCGUAUCUAUGCGGUGGCCAAGUCAGGGAUGACAGUAUCAGAGGUGACCGCAGGAGCCAGAGGUCCUGGUCCAGGUGAGUUACCUACCCUGCUGAUGUUUCCUCACGAGAAAUCAAGGAAAUGCAAUUGGGAUUCUCCCUCUGUGUCUGUGGGGGAUACAUUAUGGGGUCUGUCAAUGCUCCUUUUGAUGUCACAUCCUCCUACCUGAGGAGGCUAAGUAACACCUGUGCAGGUGUGAUCUAGGAAGCUUUAAGGAGCUCUUUAAAUAGAUGUGUAAGAUCAGAACCCUGCUUUUUAAUCAGCUGUGAUGAAAGGAUAGGACGCACACACAGUAAGACAGGCUAUAAUUAAGCAAUAAGGCCAGGGGGGGGUGUGUGGUAUAUGUGUCUUAUAUACCAUGGCUGUCAGCCAAUCAGCAUUCAGGGCUCGAACUACCCAGUCUAUAAUUAUCAUUCUCUCUACAUCACAUGAUUUCUGCAGGAUCCAGUUUACCACAGUACCCCGCUGCAGGACCAUUUACUCACCUGAUUUACAGGAACAUCACUGUGCCAGUGUAUACCACCCUGAAAGGGGUAAGUACCCUACUCUAUAGCAGCUCGAACUGUGACAAACUGACAAUAACAUAUCAACUCCCUAUGGACUGUGGUAUGUGCCAAGGAAUAUCUAUCUCCUGUCUGUCUGCAGAAAGCCACUCAGAUCAGCAGUGUGCCCCUGCAUGAUGAUGACUCUGGUUCGGAGGAUGACAGUGGCUCUCUGGCCAGCCUCAGGACCUCCACCCUGGCCCCAGACAGGAAGGGCAGCACCCCCGGGAGCCCCCGCGCCGUCAAGAGGGGUGAGAGGGUUUACUUUACUUUAAUUCACUUUUUUGCACACUUUAAAAAGUACAACAUAAAAUAUAACACAAGGUACGUGCAAAUAAGACCAUCAGCUGUGAAUCACCUGAAUGACCUGUUCCUGUUUUGACUUCUGACCUUUGAUCCCUCCAGGUGUGUCCAUGUCUUCCAUCAGCUCUGAAAGUGACUAUGCCAUCCCUCCUGAUGCCUACUCCCUGGACUCUGACUACUCUGAGCCAGAACACAAAGUCCAGAGAACAUCCUCAUACUCCUGUGAGAGCCUGCGAGAGCCUGUGAGUGACCAUUUACAGUACGAUAUAGUGCAGUACGGUACCAUGCACUAGCCACAUUAGAAUAUAAGAUACAAGGACCCCUUCUACUUCACUGUUGAUUCACUAGGAGUAUUCACACUACUGAGCCGAACAGAGCCAAGCCAAACCAGGUGUACUGAGCAGCUGUAAAGGACAAUGUGAAAAGAAACUAUCCAAGCCAGCAAAGUAUGGUUCAGGUUGGCACGACACUGUGAAAAUGGUAAGUGAGUCAUGUGCUGUGUGUGUCCCCAUAUACAGGAGAUGCUGGAGAAGUCAGGCUACCUGCUGAAGAUGGGCAGUCAGGUUAAAGCCUGGAAGAGACGCUGGUUCAUCCUGAGGAAUGGAGAGAUCUUCUACUACAAGUCUCCAGUGAGUCUCCACGCGUCAUCACUAUCUGCUUGAUUACUAUCUUCUUCUCUGACAGAAUUAUUCCAGAACUGCAGGUGGCAGUAAAUCGGCAACCUUGGCUUUAUACAUGUUCAAACAACACACACUAGGUGGCAGUGUGCACACUUUCAGUUUGUUUGCCAACUCAUAGAAGUAGUAGAAGAAGAAACUUGACUACUUCAAAAUGGAGAUGGCCUCUGACGCUACCCAUGCUCUCACAGACAUCAUAAUGGGACCGAUACAAUAAUGCAAUGUCUAUAUCUAAGUCUAUGGCUGAAUCCGUUUAGUUACAACUGGGGUUGGAUCGAAAACUUACAGGAUGGUAGCUCUCCAGGAACAGGGUUGGAGAGCCAUGGUUUAUUCUGUAUUGCCAACUCCUAUGGUCUUUGUCCUGGUCUUUCAGAGCGAUGUGAUACGGAAGCCUCAGGGUCAGAUGGAGCUGAACUCUUCCUGUCGGAUCGCCCGUGGAGAAGGAGCACAGACCUUCCAGGUGAGUGACAGUGAAGUGCAGUGGAGGCUGCUGAGGGGAGGACGGCUCAUAAUAAUGGCUGGAAUGGAGUCAAUGGAAUGGUAUCAAACACAUCAAACACUCCAUCCGGCCAUUAUUAUGAGCCGUUCUUGGCUCAGCAGCCUCCACUGGUGAAGAGGGGCUUAAUCUACUGUUACUGCUAGUUCAGCCACUUUCACCCCCAGAAGUAAAUUGACUUAGCUAGUUCGCUAGAGCACGCAACAUUUGGUUGUAGGUUCAGGGAUUAUCGGUAUGCACACGCGCACACACACGCGCACGCACACACAUCCUGCCCUCCCACCCCUAGCACCAAACUGGGUAAAAAAGAACGUUGCAGCCUAUAAUCUUCUCCUGUUCUAGUCUUAUCCGUUUUAGUAUUAGUCCUGUUCUCUUCUCAGGACUCUAAUCUUCUCAGACCUCUAAUAUUCUCCUGCUCUAAUCUUCUCCUGCUCUAAUCUUCUCCUGUUUUAAUUUUCUCCUGCUCUAAUCUUCUGUUUUAAUCUUCUCCUGUUUUAAUCUUCUCCUGCUCUAAUCUUCUCCUGCUCUAAUCUUCUCCUGCUCUAAUCUUCUCCUGCUCUAAUCAGUUGAUAACAGAGAAGAAGACAUUCUUCCUGACGGCUGACUCUCCCAACAUCUUGGAGGAGUGGAUCAGAGUUCUACAGAACAUCCUCAAGGUCCAGGCCAGCAGCCCCGUCGCCAUGGAGACCACCGCCGUCAAACCCACCGUGAGGGGCUGGCUCACUAAGGUCAGGGGUCACUGGCUCACUAAGGUCAGGGGUCACUGGGCUGGGGGCCUAAGAGAUGAGGGUUAUGGAGAUGAGAAACAGACAACAUGUUUAGGGGGAUUGGCCUGAGCAAGACGAGGUAUAGAAGUGCUUAUCUUGAUCACAUAAUGAGUGGUUCAUUGGGAUGUAAGCAAGGUGAUUUGUAGAUCAGUGAUUCUGGACAUGAUCUCGCUCAGGCCGAUCCUCUCAAAACACACAGUUUUAAUGGAAGCUUUUAACUUGCCUUUUUAAUGGAAGGACAACUCUUAUUACAAAGGAAAUACAAAAAUACAGCUAUUCUCACCCAAUAAAGAGAUCUAUUAUAUCAAAAAUACAGCUAUUGUCUCCCAAUAUAGAGAUCUAUUAUAUCAAAAAUACAGCUAUUCUCACCCAAUAUAGAGAUCUAUUAUAUCAAAAAUACAGCUAUUCUCUCCCAAUAUAGAGAUCUAUUAUAUCAAAAAUACAGCUAUUCUCACCCAAUAUAGAGAUCUAUUAUAUCAAAAAUACAGCUAUUCUCACCCAAUAUAGAGAUAUAUUAUAUCAAAAAUAUGUUUCUUAUUAGGACACCGUAAAGUUUAAACUAGCCAUUCUUCCCACUGUAACAAAAAGAGACUGUCACAGAUUGACGGAAGGCUUUCACUUCAGGCAGAUUCCUGGACAGCUAAUUCACGUUGUGACACGGCUAGAGUUAGGACCCCUUACUGAUCAGGGGAUGAUGAUGUUUGAGUGAUACCCCCCCUCCUCUACAGAGGUGUAUCUGUCAGUAUGGUUGAGACUGGGGCUAGGAGACCCUCUAAGAUCACAGGGGUGUGUGUGACGGCUGACUGACAGAUGAACCCUCUCUUCCUGUAAAGAGGCUUUGAUCUCUACACUAUGACGUUAUGCACCUCAGAGCUCUGUAGUGAUGUACUGUUGGUUCACUACCUCUCUCUCUGCAUAUUUGACCUUGGACCCUGAUGAAGAGAUGUACAGCUAGGAUUAUGAGUCAUGAGAUGUAGCCAGUAGUCCACACACCCGCUCUCUACUGCCGCCUAUUGUUCAAAUGAGAAAUAUGCUAUACAGUCAGUGGGUUUGAGUCUAUAAACCUCACAUUGACUAUUCUCUCUCUCUCUCUCUCUCUCUCUCUCUCUCUCUCUCUCUCUCUCUCUCUCUCUCUCUCUCUCUCUCUCUCUCUCUCUCUCGCUCUCUCUCACUCUUUCUUUCUCUCUCUCUCUCUCUCUCUCUCUCUCUCUCUGUCUGUCUGUCUGUAUGUCUCCCUCCCUCUCUCAGGUGAAGCAUGGCCACUCUAAGCUGGUGUGGUGCUCUCUGGUCGGCAAGGUGUUCUAUUAUUACAGAAACCAGGAUGACAAGGUUCAAAUUCCUUAUUUUCUCCUCCUAAAUUUACACUCAUUAUGUCACCCUCAUUACUGUUGACAGUCUGUAUCUGUAGUAUAACUGAAUAUCAUUGUGUGUGUGUGUGUCACGUCUCAGCUCCCCCUAGGCCAGCUGCGGAUGCGUGAGGCGGUGGUGAAGGAGGUGGACAGGUCAUGUGACUCGGACGAGGACUACGAAGCCGGUGGGCGUGGCUUCUUGUCAUCUCACUGUACCCUAGUGGUCCACCCCAGAGAGCAGAGCCCCACCUACCUGCUCAUAGGCACCAAGCAAGAGAAGGUACGUCACCCCUAAACUACACCACCCAUAAACCCCCUCACCUACCUGCUCAUCAGCACCAAGCAAGAUAAUGUACAGCACUCUAAAAAUACACUACCCAAACACCCCACAACCAAUUCUAAAACCAGUAUUUUUAAUGUAUAAAGAAUGAAAGGUUACAUCUCAGCUCUGUUCAAUGACACAUUUCACUACAAUGGGGUAUGAGUAAACCUUACUUCAGACCUUUUCCUAUGAAGAUUGAUAAUUGGCAAUAUUAUGUAAAUGAGUACAAUACAACUCACAAAAUGUGCACAUAUUUAAUGUGCAGUAUGAUUCGUAAACAGGAAAAUAAAUGCUCAAAUAUUGGCACUUAUCCAUCUCCAUAUUUCCCUUAAUUGUAAGUUACAACCCACUUACCUGUUUCCAUUUUCCCCUCCCUCCAUCCUUCCUGUCCAGGACACCUGGCUGUACCACCUGACAGUCGCGGCAGGCAGCAGUGCCAGCUUCAAGGUGGGCACAGAGUACGAGCAGCUGGUCGGGAACCUCCUAGACGUAGAGGGAGAUCCAGGUAAGACAUCUAUAUUCAUCUAAUCAAUCAAUCAACUCAGUCUGUCUGUCUGUCAACACAAAGACAAGUACGGUACAUGAGAAGGUUAAUGUCUCACAGGGCGACAAGGACUGCCUUGAAGAUAGACCAGUGGUUGCCAGACUGGUCUAACACGUGCUAUACUGUAUCACACAAGGUUCCAGAUUCAGUCAGUAGCUCUUUCAUGUUAUUUUCAACCAGGACAGACUACUGAAAUCUCUUGAUGCAGUCUGCAAUCUGUAGAUGGUGUUUAUGACUGGGCUCUAGUAAGGCUGUUCCUGGUAAAUCUGUGUGGGUGUGUGUUCUCUCAGACUCUGCGUUGUGGAGGAGUGAGGCUCUAUGUUUCUGUAAAGAGGGCCUGCGCUCCCCUCUCACCACUCUACCAUCUGAAGCUCUGCAGACUGAAGCCCUCAAACUCUUCAAGGUCGGUCCCUUUAUUACUUACUCUUCCUUCUCUUUUUCUCUUCUCCUGUCUGCUGAUCUGAGGCCCCCAGCCUCACUGUCUGUCUGUUAGGGGCAUCCCCUUUCUGUCCAUCAUCCCCUCCUCUCCUCUUGGAUGCGCUCCAUGCGCCUCUACCCUACCGCCACACAGAUCAAAGCCUCGGUGUAGGGGCCCUCUUGGAUGCACUCCAUGCCCCUCUACCCUACCGCCACUCACAGAUCAAAGCCUCUGUGUAGGGGUCCCCGGCUCAUUAGAAGUGUGGAAGAGAGAUAAUGAUUAUCUCCUGUGAUUGAAGCUAAGCGUUCCUCUAGUCCUUGUCCUUGUUGGGAGGUCAGAGACAUUUUCUGAAGAUGUAAUAGUGGGAGGAGGUAGUGGGACAGACAAACAGUACAGUGGGAGUGGGACAGGGACAGGGAGUGAGAGUGAGACAGGGAGUGAGAGUGAGAAUAGGAGUGGGACAGGGAGUGGGACAAGGACAGGGAAAGGGAUGGGAAGUAAUGAAGUGGAUCUGGAGGAGGAUGGACCUUGACCUUGAUAUAUCCUGUUCCUCUCUUUUCAACUCGGCCUCCCAGUCCGCCUCACCCCUCCCCUUCUCUCUAUGCUUCAGUGAGCUCUUCCUCUUCCCCAUAUUUUGGGUUGCUUUUGUCUGAUUGGUGCUACAUACAGUAUAUACAUGAAUAGAGUUCACUCACAACCCUUUAAAGUCUCUGUUCCUGUUCAAAGACUUUGAACAUGCACCCUUCCCGUCCGUCCUACCCUUCUUAUAGUCCCUGAUCUGACAUGGCUGUGUUAGUGAAAGAUGUCAUGAAACUGUUUACACAGUAUUCAUACAGAGCCUUGAUCCUAGUAACAUUUUCCUAUUCUCCUUGAACAAUGACAGACUAGUUUGACAGCUUCAUCCUGACUUGGAUGAACCUGUCAAACUUGGAAUGUGUUUCCAAGUAGGAAACACAUUCAUGAUGCUGCAUGCAGGGCCGGGCCGCCCAUUAGGCAGGAUUAGGCGGCUGCCUGUGGCCGCAGAUUGAGGAGGGCAGCAUUUUCUGAGCUAAACUGACCAAGACGCACCUCCAACAACAUAAAACAACUCACAUAAUUCUGCCCAAAAACAAUGACAAUUUCUCUCAACCAGUGGCAUAUGGGCUUUUUAGGUGAGCGCCAAUGGCGCCCUUUGGUAAGCAGUGUCUACUUUGUCAAAGGCAGGGACCCAAAAUAUGUAUCUUGUCCAUUCCCAGCCCGCCUCUCCAGGGUGGUGUUGGAGAGACGCAUCACUGCGGCCCUCCACCAACGUUCUGUCAAAAAAUCAUCUAACAUAAAUCAUAUAGGUAUAGGAUAUGGUAGAAAGAGUAUGUGGCCUUUUCUGUAGCCUACAGGCUGGAGAUAAAAUGUAUGACAAUGUAAUGAGACAGACACUUUUUACAUUAUGCAGGUUUCUCCGACCAAAUAUAGUAACCUAAAUGGCGACCAAUCAAAGAAAAAAAAUUGCUGACAUGUUAACAAACACCAUAUCCUAAAAAUAGGACAGGUCAAAGUAAAAUGGACCGUAUGGAAUGGACAAUCAGGCUACUCACAACUGCUGUCCAGGAGUUUCACCCCAAAGGCAGGAUGUCAUGAUCAGUGGUGUUUGUAUCCGUCCAUUUUUGACAAGCUGAUCAUAGCGAAAAAGAAAAUACCUUUAUUUCCCGUUGUGUAAACACAUUGAUUCUCAUUGCAAAUAGGCUCAGGAUAACUCCUGAUAAUGUUGGCUAGCUGAUAUUCAGAAGUUAAAAAGCCAAAUUGAUUAGUCACUGUAGGCUACACCCCAGUAAGUACAGACCGACGCCGACGUCAUUUGGACAUCUUUUUUGGUCCUGUCCGGACCGGCCAUCUUUUUUUGUUGCAGUCCGGACCGGCCUUGAUUUCCACGUCCACAGAUGUAGAUUUUUGGUCCAGUCUGGACCAAAUCUGAACCAAACAUAGACGUCUAUUUUUGGUUAAGAUUUGGUUCGGUCUGGACCGGCCUUGAUUUGGUUCAAACAUAGACGUCUAUAAAUUAUGUAUUUUUCGACUUUCAUUCAGAACCGAAGAUGAUCCUCAUUUCAACUUCCGGAAAAUAGGUAUUUUUCAAUGUCUGUAAAAUAUGUAUUUUCAACGUCAUUUUGCUUACUGGGACUAUUCUAGUUUUGCGGGGUUAUAUGAGGAGGGCGGAGAUGAUAUAUGUUUUUUUGUCUCGCCUAGGGCGACAGAACGGCCAGAUCCGGGUUUUCAUUACUGUAGCUCUGCUUGAGGGGUGGUCUACAAUACGAACAUCAUUUACUUUAUGUUCAUAUUCUUAUCUUUUAUUAUGUCUUAUGGUUGUUGUGAUUAUGUGAUCAAGACUAGUGAUUAUGUGAUCAAGACUAGUGAUUAUGUGAUCAAGACUAGUGAUUAUGUGAUCAAGACUAGUGAUUAUGUGAUCAAGACUAGUGAUAUGCCCCUUGCUUAAACUGAUCCCCACGAACACGCUGCUUCUAUUGUUUCUCAACAUGUAUCACGAUCAGGUAAAACCUUCUUCAUCCCUCUUUCAUCCUUCCUUCCUUCAGUCCUGUCAGCUGUUCAUCAACGUGCUGGUGGAGUCUCCCUCCAUCGACUACCACAUGUCCCUGGCCCAGAAUGCAUUGCAGGUGUGUCUGACGCACCCAGAGCUCCAGAACGAGAUGUACUGUCAGUUGAUUAAACAGACCAACCGCCGCACACCACACAACUCCUCCCUCACUCAGGUACAUUACACACCACAACUCCUCCCUCACUCAGGUACAUUACACACCACCACUCCUCCCUCACUGAAGUACGUUACACACACCACACGACUCCCUCACUCAUGUCGGUAUAAGCCUGUCCCUGAAGCUCAAAUGACCCCCUAGCCCCUAGCCCCUAGUCACUUGUGGAAAUCUGAGAGGAUUCGAUGGGUAUGAGUAAUAUGGCUACAAUAACACCUGGCCUUUCAGAAGGCAAGAGGGAGGAUCAACAUUAUUGGUUUCAUCUAUCCAAUAUUCCUCCCACUUAUCACUUUGUAUCUAGUUAUUUUGUGUUACCUGUCAUAGUUUCUGUUUUUUUUCUCAGGUAUUGUUUACGUUGUAGUGAUCUGUCGGUCUGUCUGUCUGUCUAUCUGUCUGUCCUCUCCUCAGUGCUGGCAGCUGUUGGCUGUGUGUGUGGCUCUGUUUCUGCCUCAGCAACACUUCCUGUGGUACCUCAGACAGUAUCUGCAGCGUCAUGCAGACCCCAGGUACACACACACAUACAUACUCUCACACGCUCUCUCUGCAUCUCUCUCGCUCUCUCGCUCUCUCUCUCUCUCUCUCUCUCUCACACGCUGUCUCUCUCUCUCUCACACGCUGUCUCUCUCUCACACGCUGUCUUUCUCUCUCACACGCUGUCUCUCUCUCUCUCUCUCACACGCUGUCUCUCUCUCUCACACGCUCUCUCUCUCUCUCUCUCUCUCUCUCUCUCUCUCUCUCUCUCUCUCUCUCUCUCUCUCUCACACACACACGCUGUCUCUCUCUCUCUAUCUCUCUGUGUAGGAGUGAGGUGGGGAAGUAUGCUGUGUACUGUCAGAGGUCUGUGGAGCGUACCCUACAGAACGGAGAGAGAGAGGCAAAACCAUCACGUAUGGAGAUCCUGUCUAUCCUACUGAGGAACCCUUACCACCACUCACUACCCUUCAGCAUCCCUGUCCACUUCAAGAACAUCACCUACCAGGUAACACACAUGUACGCACACACACAUACACACACACACACACACACACACACACACUCACCUACCAGGUAACACACACACUCUCACCUACCAGGUAACACACACACAUUUUAGUAAUAACUUUUCAGUGAGCCCUGUCUCCUAGGUGGUGGGAUUCAAUAGUUCCUCCACCCACACAACGACAGAGUCACACACAGUCACACACACACAACGACAGAGUCACACACAGUCACACACACACAACGACAGAGUCACACACAGUCACACACACACAACGACAGAGUCACACACAGUCACACACACACAACGACAGAGUCACACACAGUCACACACACUUGUCUAUCAUGCCAUGUCUCAGUGAUCCCCCUCCUGUCCUAUCCGUCCUGUUCUUUAGGUGGUAGGUUUCGAUGGCUCCACCACAGUAGAAGAGUUCCUGAGCACCCUAAACCAGAGGGUGGGCAUGAGGAAACCACACCUGUCAGGUUUUGCUCUCUUCACUGACGACCCCUCGGGGAAUGACCUGGAGCACUGCCUGCAGCCCAGCGUCAAAGUACGUGUGGACCAACACACUCAUGACUGUAGCUGCCCAUGCAUUGCAGCACACACAACCUCACUUUUUGGUACCUGUGACUAAGUAUGGCAGUAAACAGAGGGUAGAGUGGAAUCAGAAAAGGGAUUAGGGAAAAAUGUACAAGGGACCAGUGUCUGCCUGUUUGCUGAUUGACCUCUCACCCCUGCCAACAGAUCUGUGAUGUCAUUUCCAAGUGGGAACAAGCCCUGAAAGAACUGCAUCCUGGAAAAUACGAGGGUACACGCAUCGUCCGUCUGACGUACAAGAGCAGGUAGGCUUGACCUUGUUUUAGUUGGCUCCAUCCAUAGAGCUGAAAUUGAGCUGCAGACCACAUCAUACACACACAUCAUGCAUUGACCAGUGUGAUGUCUGUUGUGUAGGUUGUCUUUCCGGGCCCAGGCUAAAGGAGAGACGGAGCGUGAGCGCCUCCUGCUGGCCUACCAGGUGAAUGACGAGGUCCACCAGGGGCACUUCCCUGUCAACAAGGAGCUGGCUCUGGAGGUGGCUGCUCUCAUGGCACAGGUGGGUAGUGUUUUGGUAAGGAGAGGGGCAUUAUGGGUACUGUAGUACAUCAUGCUACAGGUAGCAUGGAGGGGACUGAUGGGGGCAGUAUAUGUCUGUGGGUUAUGCUGUGUGAGCAGCAGAUGAUAUACCUGUACGUUAAGGUUUGUUUGUGACUACAAUGAUCUUUGACCUUAUUGUGUCUAUUAUUUAGUUUUUGCACACGUGUGUUUUUAAAAAUGACUACAAAUAAAACAAUUAUAAUUAAACAAAUACUUAAAAUGACCUACCCUUCCUCCCUCCUCAGGUGGAGCAUGGUGAUCUGGACCGUCCAGCCCCUUCCUCCUCCACUAGCUGCAGCUCUCCUCAGCCCAAAACCCAACAAAUCCUCCUACAGGCCCUGGAACGCUUCUACCCCAAGCGCUACAAACAAGACUGCAGCAUUGACCAGCUCAGGUAAUGCUGGGGACACACACACACGCACAUGCUUGACAAAAAGGGAGCUGAAUUUGCUCUACUGUUAUAUAUUCAAUAAUGAGUUAUAAACUACUUACAAAUUAAUAAUUGAUCCUCUAUCUCCCCUCAGAGAUCUAUCGGAGCGUCUGGCCACUAAGUGGUCAGUCCUGCGCGGCUGCAGUGCCUCAGAGUGUGUCAGAAUCUACCUGACCGUCACUAGGAAGUGGCCGUUGUUUGGUGCCAAGCUAUUCCAUGCUAAGGUUAGUGGGGAUGGAACAAGACUGAAAAACCUUUACAGCUUUCCUGAAUCUGUAUUCUACUAGAAUAAUCCAGUAUAGAGUGUAUGUCUACUGUAUGUUUCCAGCUUUUGCUGAAUCUGAGUUCGGUGUCUCCAGUGACUUGGAACAUCUCUCUAUAAUCAAAUAGAUGUUGCGUUCCUCUUCCCUCUUUUUGAAAGGACUAGUAUUUCAGUAUUUACUCAGAGAAGAACCCCAUUCCCAUAGAAACCUUUAGUAAUGCAGAUAUACACUACCGGUCAAAAGUUUUAGUACACCUACUCAUUCAAGGGUUUUUCUUUAUUUUUACUAUUUUCUACAUUGUAGAAUAAUAGUGAAGACAUCAAAACUAUGAAAUAACACAUAUGGAAUCAUGUAAUAUCCAAAAAAGUGUUAAACAAAUCAAUAUAUAUAUAUAUAUAUAUAUAUAUAUAUAUAUAUCAAAUAGCCACCCUUUGCCUUGAUGACAGCUUUGCACACUCUUGGCAUUCUCUCAACCAGCUUCAUGAGGAAGUCACCUGGAAUGCAUUUCAAUUAACAGGUGUGCCUUCUUAAAAGUUAAUUUGUGGAAUUUCUUUCCUUCUUAAUGCGUUUGAGCCAAUCAGUUGUGUUGUGACAAGGUAGGUGGGGUAUACAGAAGAUAGCCCUAUUUGGUAAAAGACCAAUUCCAUAUUAUGGCAAGAACAGCUCAAAUAAGUAAAGAGAAAUGAUAGUCCAUCAUUACUUUAAGACAUGAAGGUCAGUCAAUAUGGAACAUUUCAAGAACUUUGAAAGUUUCUUCAAGUGCAGUCGCAAAAACCAUCAAGCGCUAUGAUGAAACUGGCUCUCAUGAGAACCACCACAGGAAUGGAAGACCCAGAGUUACCUCUGCUGCACUGUCUGUGAUUUAUUUAGAAUUUAGAACACUUAACCAGCAUGGCUACCACAGCAUUCUGCAGCGAUACGUCAUCCCAUCUGGUUUGGGCUUAGUGGGACUAUCAUUUGUUUUUCAACAGGACAAUGACCCAACACACCUCCAGGCUGUGUAAGGGCUAUUUUACCAAGAAGGAGAGUGAUGGAAUGCUGCAUCAGAUGACCUGGCCUCCACAAUCCCCCGACCUCAACCAAAUUGAUAUGGUUUGGGAUGAGUCGGACCGCGGAGUGAAGGAAGCAGGUUGAGAGAAUGCCAAUAGUGUGCAAAGCUGUCAUCAAGGCAAUGUGUGGCUAUUUGAAGAAUCUCAAAUCUCAAAUAUAUUUUGAUUUGUUUAACACUUUUUUGGUUACUACAUGAUUCCAUAUGUGUUAUUUCAUAGUUUUGAUGUCUUAACUAUCAUUCUACAAUGUAGAAAAUAGUAAAAAUAAAGAAAAACCCUUGAAUGAGUAGGUGUUGUAAAACUUUUGACUGGUAGUGUACCUGUAUCUAGUAUUAUCUGUCCCUACAAAAGUCCAUACCUCUCCCCUGUCUCUGUCUGCAGCCUUUACCCCCCUCGUCUGUAGAGCAGUCCCAGGUCUGGCUAGCUGUCAACGAGGAUGGACUGUGUGUGCUUGACUAUACCAUGGUAAGUGUCUGUUUAGGUAGCUGUUUAAAUGUCUGCUUCCUUAGUGCAUUUACCAUAGUUCAACUGAUGAUUCAAAGGUUCCAUAGCAUGUAGGCCUAAAAUCCUACUAAUAUGUAUUAUUACUGGUACUAAAUGUGUCCAGAAGAGGGCGUAUUUCAGUGAUUCAGUACGGCCAGUGAUCAAGGGACCGCCAUCAGAUGUGAGCUCUAGGAAUCUGAAUAGAAUAUAAGGCAGCAACCUCUCAGAAUCCAACCAGAUGUAUAUUGUUUUGUUAUUCUCUGUUCUUAUUUUUCAGGUUUAAAAAAGUAUUAGAUUCAGAGCACUCAAACUUAAGGUUUGGGAUUUAUUUUUACAAGUCUUUACCAGUCUGGCUGUGGCCAGGCCACAGACGCAGAGAAUUGUUGAACUACUGGUCUGGAAUGAUUUUCUGCUACAACGUUAGAAACACCAGAUCCCCACAGGGAAACAGAAACUGGCCAACGCCAACCUCUGAUUUCAUACCCAUACCCGGGUUCAAAUACUAUUUUAAAUCAUUUAAAAUACAUAAACUGGACUUGAUUCACCUUGCCUGGGUUAAAGGAACCAAUAGAAAAUAUAAAAAAGUGCAAAUCCCGCCCAUCUGGCACUCCUGGUAGGCUAGAACAAACACUUCAUGUAUUUGAAAGAUUUUAAAUAGUAUUUGAACCCAGGUUUGGGUCUACCCUGAGAGGUCCAAACGCUGACUGAGAUAUAAACAAAGUUAGACCUAAAGCACUAUAAUUAUCUUACCCUUAUUCCUCCAUGUCAUUUCUGGUUUGGCAUCCUUUCAUGCUCCCAAUACAUUCACUAGUCCUUAGGGGGGGGAUAAGCAACAUUCAAAAUAAAGCAUCAGAAAUAAUGUUAUGCUGCUACAUUGCUUCAUGCUGAAUUUGCCUCUUGAGAAAACAAUAACAAGAAACCAAUUUCCAAAGCAAGGAUCUUGUGGCCUGUAACAGGAAGAGAGAUGACGUGUAGAAUGUAUUAUACAAGAGACAAAAUUCACAAAUUUUACAGCACAAACGGCAGAGUCAUGUCUCAAGUGUAAAACUAAUAAUGGCUCAAUAAUCCAUGCUUUCUGGGAAUGCUAUAAUGUCUGGAAGUUGUGGGCGGAGCUAGAAAGUUGGCUGUCAGAAUAUUACAGUGUAAAUUUACUUUUAAUCCGUCUGUCUGCAUAUUUCAAGACAUGGCAUACAGGGGUGUAGUGAGAUACCCAAUGGGCUGGACGAUUCUCUUCUCAUCACUCAUCUUUGGGAAAAACGUAUACUAAAACAUUGGAACAAUCAUCGCCAUAUUCACAUAAAAAUCUAAUCAUGGGCGACCAGAAAAACGAAUGUUUCAAUUAAGCCAGUGCAAACAAUAAGCAACAUAAUGGAAUGAUGUGUAUUAUUGAAUGAGCAUGGCGCGCAGAGAAAACGGGAAUGUUAGAACAAUAAGACACUAUGGAGGAGGCUAGACAUCAGACACUAGGGAUGGAGUGUGAACAUACAGAACUAGGGAUGGAGGUGAGAACAUACAGGCACUAGGGAUGGAGGUGAGAACAUACAGACACUAGGGAUGGAGGUGUGAACAUACAGACACUAGGGAUGGAGGUGAGAACAUACAGGCACUAGGGAUGGAGGUGAGAACAUACAGACACUAGGGAUGGAGGUGAGAACAUACAGACACUAGGGAUGGAGGUGUGAGCAUACAGACACUAGGGAUGGAGGUGUGAACAUGCAGACACUAGGGAUGGAGGUGAGAACAUACAGACAGUAGGGAUGGAGGUGAGAACAUACAGACACUAGGGAUGGAGGUGAGAACAUACAGACACUAGGGAUGGAGGUGAGAACAUACAGACACUAAGGAUGGAGGUGAGAACAUACAGACACUAGGGAUGGAGGUGAGAACAUACAGACACUAGGGAUGGAGGUGAGAACAUACAGACACUAGGGAUGGAGGUGAGAACAUACAGACACUAGGGAUGGAGGUGUGAGCAUACAGACACUAGGGAUGGAGGUGUGAACAUGCAGACACUAGGGAUGGAGGUGAGAACAUACAGACACUAGGGAUGGAGGUGAGAACAUACAGACACUAGGGAUGGAGGUGAGAACAUACAGACACUAGGGAUGGAGGUGAGAACAUACAGACACUAGGGAUGGAGGUGAGAACAUGCAGACACUAGGGAUGGAGGUGUGAACAUGCAGACACUAGGGAUGGAGGUGAGAACAUGCAGACACUAGGGAUGGAGGUGUGAACAUGCAGACACUAGGGAUGGGGGUGUGAGCAUGUGGGUCUGGGCAGAGGAGAUAUAGUCGUUGUUUGUGUCUGUCUGUAAGCUGUUGUUUGUAUGUACAAGUUUGUUUUUAUGAGUAAUAAAACAAAUAUUUUUAAAAAGGAAGAGAGAUAACAAAGGCUUUUCACACUACUGAACAGAACCAAACCAAAAGUGAAAAGAAAAGAUCAGAGCCAGCACAGUUUGGUUCAGGUUGGCACGGUAAUGUGAAAAGUGUAAUACACAUUUUCCUAUUCACAUACGUCUUUUAAACAACUGAAAUAAAUCAUCCUUUCCUUUACAGCACCUUCUGGUCACGUAUUCCUACCAAUCAGUGAUCACCUUUGGCGGUUGCCGUGACGACCUGAUGGUGGUGGUGAGCCAGACCAAAGAGCAGGGUGGAGGGAAGAAGCGUGUGGAGAAACUGGUCUUCUCUAUGGCUAAACCCAAGGUAAAGUCUCUAUAGUCUUCUCUAUGGCUAAACCCAAGGUAAAGUCUCUAUAGUCUUCUCUAUGGCUAAACCCAAGGUAAAGUCUCUAUAGUCUUCUCUAUGGCUAAAUCCAAGGUAAAGUCUCUAUAGUCUUCUCUAUGGCUAAACCCAAGGUAAAGUCUCUAUAGUCUUCUCUAUGGCUAAACCCAAGGUAAAGUCUCUAUAGUCUUCUCUAUGGCUAAACCCAAGGUAAAGUCUCUAUAGUCUUCUCUAUGGCUAAACCCAAGGUAAAGUCUCUAUAGUCUUCUCUAUGGCUAAACCCAAGGUAAAGUCUCUAUAGUCUUCUCUAUGGCUAAACCCAACCCAAGGUAAAGUCUCUAUAGUCUUCUCUAUGGCUAAACCCAAGGUAAAGUCUCUAUAGUCUUCUCUAUGGCUAAACCCAAGGUAAAGUCUCUAUAGUCUUCUCUAUGGCUAAACCCAAGGUAAAGUCUCUAUAGUCUUCUAUAUGGCUAAACCCAAGGUAAAGUCUCUAUAGUCUUCUCUAUGGCUAAACCCAAGGUAAAGUCUCUAUAGUCUUCUCUAUGGCUAAACCCAAGGUAAAGUCUCUAUAGUCUUCUCUAUGGCUAAACCCAAGGUAAAGUCUCUAUAGUCUUCUAUAUGGCUAAACCCAAGGUAAAGUCUAUAUAGUCUUCUCUAUGGCUAAACCCAAGGUAAGGCCAUUGAAAUGUAAUCUAUUCUAUUUUCUAGUCUAUUUCUAUGGCAGGUUUAAAGUAGGUGGUCUUUACCACUGGCCAAGUGCAAAUGGUCAAUGAAAACGAUUAGUGGAUUAUAAUCAUCACGGACCACAACAGCUCUGUCAACUUUCAGUCAGCGCUCAGAUUAAGUUAAGGUCAUACAGUUACUUUGGCUAGAUUUUCCAGAGACUGUAAAGUAAAAAGUGGGUGGUGGUGUUGAUAUAGGAUCUUACUGUACAGAUCAGGGAGCCAGUGUGGCGAGUAAAUGGUGAGCUCCUGCUAUGUGGCUCUGUCCACCUGUCAGUUCAGUGUAGCUCCGAGAGCAGUCCGCUGCAGCAACCAGGGUCAUGGGUUCUAUUCCCACAGGGAUCACACACUCACAGUGUGUUUGCUCUCACUGUACUUUUAGUCACUUUGGAUAAAAGUGACAUCUAUUGUACAUCUAUUAAUACAGUGAGGGAAAAAAGUAUUUGAUCCCCUGCUGAUUUUGUACGUUUUCCCACUGACAAAGAAAUUAUCAGUCUAUAAUUGUAAUGGUAGGUUCAUUUGAACAGUGAGAGACAGAAUAACAACAAAAAAAUCCAGAGAAACGCAUGUCAAAAAUGUUAUAAAUUGAUUUGCAUUUUAAUGAGGGAAAUAAGUAUUUGACCCCUCUGCAAAACAUGGCUUAGUACUUGGUGGCAAAACCCUUGUUGGCAAUCACAGAGGUCAGACGUUUCUUGUAGUUGGCCACCAGGUUUGCACACAUCUCAGGAGGGAUUUUGUCCCACUCCUCUUUGCAGAUCUUCUCCAAGUCAUUAAGGUUUCGAGGCUGACGUUUGGCAACUCGAACCUUCAGCUCCGUCCACAGAUUUUCUAUGGGAUUAAGGUCUGGAGACUGGCUAGGCCACUCCAGGACCUUAAUGUGCUUCUUCUUGAGCCACUCCUUUGUUGCCUUGAACGUGUGUUUUGGGUCAUUGUCAUGCUGGAAUACCCAUCCACGACCCAUUUUCAAUGCCCUGGCUGAGGGAAGGAGGUUCUCACCCAAGAUUUGACGGUAAAUGGCCCCGUCCAUCGUCCCUUUGAUGCAGUGAAGUUGUCCUGCCCCCUUAGCAGAAAAACACCCCCAAAGCAUAAUGUUUCCACCUCCAUGUUUGACGGUGGGGAUGGUGUUCUUGGGGUCAUAGGCAGCAUUCCUCCUCCUCCAAACACGUCUGACCUCUGUGAUUGCCAACAAGGGUUUUGCCACCAAGUACUAAGCCAUGUUUUGCAGAGGGGUCAAAUACUUAUUUCCCUCAUUAAAAUGCAAAUCAAUUUAUAACGUUUUUGACAUGCGUUUUUCUGGAUUUUGUUGUUGUUAUUCUGUCUCUCACUGUUCAAAUAAACCUACCAUUAAAAAUUAUAGACUGAUCAUUUCUUUGUCAGUGGGCAAACGUACAAAAUCAGCAGGGGAUCAAAUACUUUUUUCCCUCACUGUAUAUAUAUAUCUAUUAUACAUAUAUUAUUUAUAUAACUCAGCAAAAAAAGAAACGUCCCUUUUUCAGGACCCUGUCUUUCAAAGAUAAUUCGUAAAAGUCCAAAUAACUUCACAGAUCUUAAAUUUAAACACUGUUUCCCAUGCUUGUUCAAUUAACCAUAAGCAAUGAAUGAACAUGCACCUGUGGAACGGUCAUUAAGACACUAACAGCUUACAGACGGUAGGCAAUUAAGGUCACAGUUAUGAAAACUUAGGACACUAAAGAGGCCUUUCUACUGACUCUGAAAAACACAAAAAGAAAGAUGCCCAGGGUCCCUGCUCAUCUGCGUGAACGUGCCUUAGGCAUGCUGCAAGGAGGCAUGAGGACUGCAGAUGUGGCCAGGGCAAUAAAUUGCAAUAUUCCGUACUGUGAGACGCCUAAGACAGCGCUACAGAGAGACAGGACGGACAGCUGAUCAUCCUCGCAGUGGCAGACCACGUGUAACAACACCUGCACAGGAUUGGUACAUCCGAACAUCACACCUGCGGGACAGGUACUGGAUGGCAACAACAACUGACCGAGUUACACCAGGAACGCACAAUCCCUCCAUCAAUGCUCAGACUGUUAGCAAUAGGCUAAGAGAGGCUGGACUGAGGGAUUGUAGGUCUGUUGAAAGGCAGGUCCUCACCAGACAUCACCGGCAACAACGUCGCCUAUGGGCACAAACCCACUGUCGCUGGACCAGACAGGACUGGCAAAAAGUGCUCUUCACUGACGAGUCACGGUUUUGUCUCACCAGGGGUGAUGGUCGGAUUUGCGUUUAUCGUCAAAGGAAUGAGCGUUACACCGAGGCCUGUACUCUGGAGCGAAAUCGAUUUGGAGGUGGAGGGUCCAUCAUGGUCUGGGGCGGUGUGUCACAGCAUCAUUGGACUGAGCUUGUUGUCAUUGCAGGUAAUCUCAACGUUGUGCGUAACAGGGAAGACAUCCUCCUCCCUCAUGUGGUACCCUUCCUGCAGGCUCAUCCUGACAUGACCCUCCAGCAUGACAAUGCCACCAGCCAUACUGCUCGUUCUGUGCGUGAUUUCCUGCAAGACAGGAAUGUCAGUGUUCUGCCAUGGCCAGCGAAGAGCCCGGAUCUCAAUCCCAUUGAGCACGUCUGGGACCUGUUGGAUCGGAGGGUGAGAGCUAGGGCGAUUCCCCACAGAAAUGUCCGGGAACUUGCAGGUUCCUUGGUGGAAGAGUGGGGUAACAUCUCACAGCAAGAACUUGGCAAAUCUGGUGCAGUCCAUGAGGAGGAGAUGCACUGCAGUACUUAAUGCAGCUGGUGGCCACACCAGAUACUGACUGUUACUUUUGAUUUUGACCCCCCCUUUGUUCAGGGACACAUUAAUCAAUUUAUGUUAGUCACAUGUCUGUGGAACCUGUUUAGUUUGUCUCAGUUGUUGAAUCUUGUUAUGUUCAUACAAAUAUUUACACUUGUUAAGUUUGCUGAAAAUAAACACAGUUGACAGUGACAGGACGUUUCUUUUUUUGCUGAGUUUAUACAGUUGAAGUCGGAAGUUUACAUACACUUAGGUUGGAGUCAUUAAAACUAUUUUUUCAACCACUCCACAAAUUUCUUGUUAACAAACUAUCGUUUUAGCAAGUCCGUUAGGACAUCUACUUUGUGCAUGACACAAGUAAUUUUUCCAACAAUUGUUUACAGACAGAUUAUUUCACUUAUAAUUCACUGUAUCACAAUUCCAGUGGGUCAGAAGUUUACAUACACUAAGUUGACUGUGCCUUUAAACAGCUUGGAAAAUUCCAGAAGAUAUGAUGUCAUGGCUUUAGAAGCUUCUGAUAGGCUAAUUGACAUCAUUUGAGUCAAUUGGAGGUGCACCUGUGGAUGUAUUUGAAGGCCUACCUUCAAACUCAGUGCCUCUUUGCUUGACAUCAUGGGAAAAUCAAAAGAAAUCAGCCAAGACCUCAGAAAUUUUUUUGUAGACCUCCACAAGUCUGGUUCAUCCUUGGGAGCGAUUUCCAAAUGCCUGAAGGUACCACGUUCAUCUGUACAAACAAUAGUACGCAAGUAUAAACACCAUGGGACCACGCAGCCGUCAUACUGCUCAGGAAGGAGACGCGUUCUGUCUCCUAGAGAUGAACGUACUUUGGUGCGAAAAGUGUAAAUCAAUCCCAGAACAACAGCAAAGGACCUUGUGAAGAUGCUGGAGGAAACAGGUACAAAAGUAUCUAUAUCCUUUCGCCAGGCAUAAUGGGACCCAUCUCGUCCAAAAAGUUGACUCAAGUUUGCCAAAAAGCACCUGGAUGAUGAUCAAGACUCUUGGAAGAACGUUCUUUUGGUUGGAGUCAUUGCAGCUAAAGGUGGCACAACCAGUUAUUGAGUAAGGGGGCAAUUACUUUUUCACACAGGGGAAUGAUGUGUUGCAUAACUUUGUUUAUGAAAUAAAUAUGUAAUUGUUGUGUUAUUUACUCACUUAUGUUCCCUUUAUCUAAUAUUAGGUUUUGGUUGAAGAUCUGAUAACAUUCAGUAUCACAAAUAUGCAAAAGUAGAGAAAAUUAGAAAGGUGGCAAAUACUUUUUCAGAGCACUGUAUAUAUAUGAAGGUUACCCUAAUUUCAGUUGUAUAUUUUUAAUACAAAAAUCAAAAACAAAAAAAACUGAUUUUGCUUUGUCAUUAUGGGGUAUUGUGCGUAGAUUGAUGAGGGAAAAAAGCUAUUUAAUCCAUUUCAGAAUGAGGAUGUAACAUAACAACAUGGAAAAAGUCAAGGGGUCUGAAUACUUUCCGAAUGCACUGUGUGUGUAUAUGUAUAUGUAUAUAUAUAUAUAUAUAUAUAUAGUGGGGAGAACAAGUAUUUGAUACACUGCCGAUUUUGCAGGUUUUCCUACUUACAAAGCAUGUAGAGGUCUGUAAUUUUUAUCAUAGGUACACUUCAACUGUGAGAGACGGAAUCUAAAACAAAAAUCCAGAAAAUCACAUUGUAUGAUUUUUAAGUAAUUAAUUUGCAUUUUAUUGCAUGACAUAAGUAUUUGAUACAUCAGAAAAGCAGAACUUAAUAUUUGGUACAGAAACCUUUGUUUGCAAUUACAGAGAUCAUACGUUUCCUGUAGGUCUUGACCAGGUUUGCACACACUGCAGCAGGGAUUUUGGCCCACUCCUCCAUACAGACCUUCUCCAGAUCCUUCAGGUUUCGGGGCUGUCGCUGGGCAAUACGGACUUUCAGCUGCCUCCAAAGAUUUUCUAUUGGGUUCAGGUCUGGAAACGGGCUAGGCCACUCCAGGACCUUGAGAUGCUUCUUAUGGAGCCACUCCUUAGUUGACCUGGCUGUGUGUUUCGGGUUGUUGUCAUGCUGGAAGACCCAGCCACGACCCAUCUUCAAUGCUCUUACUGAGGGAGGGAGGUUGUUGGCCAAGAUCUCGCGAUACAUGGCCCCAUCCAUCCUCCCCUCAAUACGGUGCAGUCGUCCUGUCCCCUUUGCAGAAAAGCAUCCCCAAAGGAUGAUGUUUCCACCUCCAUGCUUCACGGUUGGGAUGGUGUUCUUGGGGUUGUACUCAUCCUUCUUCUUCCUCCAAACACGGCGAGUGGAGUUUAGACCAAAAAGCUCUAUUUUUGUCUCAUCAGACCACAUGACCUUCUCCCAUUCCUCCUCUGGAUCAUCCAGAUGGUCAUUGGCAAACUUCAGAUGGGCCUGAACAUGCGCUGGCUUGAGCAGGGGGACCUUGCGUGCACUGCAGGAUUUUAAUCCAUGACGGCGUAGUGUGUUACUAAUGGUUUUCUUGGAGACUGUGGUCCCAGCUCUCUUCAGGUCAUUGACCAGGUCCUGCCGUGUAGUUCUGGGCUAAUCCCUCACCUUCCUCAGGAUCAUUGAUGCCCCACGAGGUGAGAUCUUGCAUGGAGCCCCAGACCGAGGGUGAUUGACCGUCAUCUUGAACUUCUUCCAUUUUCUAAUAAUUGCGCCAACAGUUGUUGCCUUCUCACCAAGCUGCUUGCCUAUUGUCCUUUAGCCCAUCCCAGCCUUGUGCAGGUCUACAAUUUUAUCCCUGAUGUCCUUACACAGCUCUCUGGUCUUGGCCGUUGUGGUGAGGUUGAAGUCUGUUUGAUUGAGUGUGUGGACAGGUGUCUUUUAUACAGGUAACGAGUUCAAACAGGUGCAGUUAAUACAGGUAAUGAGUGGAGAACAGGAGGGCUUCUUAAAGAAAAACUAACAGGUCUGUGAGAGCCGGAAUUCUUAAUGGUUGGUAGGUGAUCAAAUACUUAUGUCAAUCCAUUUCUGGAUUUUUGUUUUAGAUUCCGUCUCUCACAAGUGUACCUAUGAUAAAAAUUACAGACCUCUACAUGCUUUGUAAGUAGGAAAACCUGCAAAAUCGGCAGUGUAUCAAAUACUUGUUCUCCCCACUGUGUAUAUAUAUAUAUGACGGUUACCCUCUGCCUUGGGCUGAUGUAUAAAGCAGGUUGAUUCUCUAUUUUAUGUGUUCAGCCUCCAAGGAGCCUAAGGGAGAGAUUUUAAAAACUGCAGAUAAAUUACCUGUGCACCGAAAUUGACUUUAAAAGGUGGUUUUGGCUUGAGCCGCCAGUCGUUAAUCUGUGUUGUAUUGAAUCCCGGGCUAAGCAUAGAGUCACAUUACAGCUGUAGGACGUGCUAAUAAGGUCCCUCUGUAUUCAUGUCAGGCGGAUCAGUAUCAAGUCAUUUCUAUGGUUUUCUCAUUGGCCUUAAACUGAACUUCUAAAUGUGAGCAAAUGGGCCUCCAGCUCCCUAGGAGCUAAUGAAAUACAAUAAUAUGAAAUGGUAAAACAAUUUCCCCCUCUGUACUCUUUUGUCCUCCUCUUUCCUCCCCUCCUUCUGUCCUCCCUCCUCUCCUCCUCUCCUCCCUCCCCUCCCCUCCUCUCCACUCCUCCCAGAUCUUGGAGUUGACUCUGUUGAUGGCCAGCUACAUUAACUACUGGACGCCCAGCCUCCCUGGCCCCCCUAUAGCCCAGCACCAGUCCCCAGGACCCGGCUCCCCUCUGGAGCCCCGCGGGGCCGGGACAGGGGCUGCGAAGAUGUGGAACCUGGACAGCAGACACUUCCCCUCCAUGACUUACACCACCAAGGGACCCACUCUACUGUGA